AUGACCUGGAAGUUUUUCUGGACGCCGAUAUUGAACGUUUUCUUCACAAUUUUACUAUCAUCGCGGGGAGAAACACGCUGCGUGUCAGCUACAAAUAUCACGUGUCCUGAAGGUUUCAGCUGCGAGUUUUGUGCGUUUUCUUACGAAUCGUGGGGUAACUUGAAGCUCGUCUACAAUCUCAAGUCAGUCAGUGACUUAAAGGAACUAGUUUCACGAGUGCCGUCGGAGACUGUAUUAUUAUAUCUGCAGUCAGCCGGAAUAUCUGGUAUUAAGAACGGAACGUUUUCCAAACUCGGCAGAUUGCUGAAGUUGUAUCUGCACGGCAAUAAUCUCGUCUGGAAUCUUGUAGAAUUGGAUGCCUUCCAAGGUUUAAGUUCCUUGCAGUUAUUAGAUCUCAGUGUGCAAAGGGGAAUUAAUCAAGUGAGACGUGAGUGGUUUCUUCCAUUAAGCAAGCUGGUUAAAAUACAGUUAGAGUCCAAUAUAAUAAAAUCACUUCCUGGUGGGACGUUUGCCAAUAACGUCCAGCUUGAGACAAUUCUUCUGCACCAGAAUAAGCUAACGGAGUUGCCGGAUGACAUAAUGCGAGAUCUACCAAAAUUAAAACGAGCGAUGUUUCAGACAAACGAAAUCAAGACUCUCCCCGGUAAUUUGCUUGGUGGAUCGACACAAGUGACAGAGUUAAAUUUUGCUCAUAACAGACUAUCAACGAUUUCUUCCGAAAUUGGCUUUCAGAAAGACACGAAUUUGACGAGUCUCCAUCUCUAUAACAACCCAAUUGAGUGUAACUGCGAUUUAAUCUGGUUCCGUAAUUGGGUUUCAACUGUGAAUGUACUGGUGUCUGUUAAUGAUACUAUGUGCUUGUCUGGGUACAGAAUCGUUGAUUUUAACCCAGAUACGCUGGAGUGUGGAUUCCCAUAUAUCAAGAUCAUCGUUCUAUCUGUAUCUGGGUUGCUUCUUAUCAGCGUUUUAAUUGCAAUGGGAAAGAACAGGUGGAGAAUCAGAUAUUCCCUUCAUCUAGUGAAAGCGAGGCUAUUGGGUUAUCAGCCUUUGGUUGACGGUGACGAUGACGAAUACGAAUAUGACGUUUUCCUCUCGCAUUCCAGUAAAGACGAAGAGUGGGUUUCAAAGGUCCUACACCCAACUCUGGAAAAUCCACCAUAUAAUUAUAAAUUGUGUUUAGAUUAUCGCGAUUUUAUUGUAGGGGAGACAAUCGCAGAUAAUAUUAUUGACGCUGUGCAGAAAAGUCGUAAAACGGCGUUCAUCUUAACCAAAUCGUUUGUUGAAAGUGAGUGGUGUUACUUUGAACUUGAGAUGGUACGACAGCAGAUGUUUGAUGAACACCGAGAUUUAGCCAUUUUAAUCAUGAAAGAGAAUGUCCCAACCGGUGAUAUGCCAGGAUUGUUGAAAUAUUUAAUGCGAAAAGGUAAUCAUAUUGAAUGGAGUGACAACAAACAUGGAGAACUGUUAUUCUGGAGUAAACUUGACUCGGCACUGAAAUGUAGACAGCACAAUAUUGUGUGA